UGCAUCGUGCCUCAGCAAUGAUGUUGCAGCGCCGAAUUAUGAGCAGCCGGCAGUCGUGCGACGUCUUCAUUAACCACCGAGGCAUCGACACCAAGAGAACAGUGGCGACCUUGCUCUAUGACCACCUCACAAUGCUCAACAUGAGGCCUUUCCUGGACAACAAGACGAUGAAGCCGGGGGACAAGCUGUUUGAUAAAAUCGACAGUGCGAUUCGGGGUUGUAAGAUCGGCGUGGCCGUCUUUUCCCCGCAUUAUUGCGAGUCAUACUUCUGCCUCCAUGAACUGGCUCUGUUCAUGGAGUCCAACAAGAAGGUUAUCCCCAUCUUCUGCGAUGUCAAGCCCUCCCAGCUUCGGGUGGUCGACAAUGGAAGUUGCUCCCAGAAUGAGUUGCAGAGGUUUAACCGAGCUCUGGAAGAAGCCAAGUACACCGUGGGGCUAUCCUUCGACUCCUUAAAAGGGAACUGGUCUGAGGUGGUGACAAGCGCUUCCGACAUAGUGAUCAAGAGCUUGAUAGAGCUUGAAAAUGAGCGGAAGGUACGCCAGUGA